UCGACAUUUUCAUCCUCCCUCCUCCUUCCUUUUUUAUUCUUUCUUUUAAUUUUUAUAGUGAUCUGCUUUCAGUGUAUUUUACACUCAUAAGAUUAACCCUACACUAAGUAAAGAAUUUAACAGAUGGUAAGAAGGAAAAAAACUGCUCAAAAUAUUGUUUUUAAAUCUAAAAAUAUCUUCACAAUUUGACAUCCAGUGUGUACCUGUUAGAUGUCAAGUAAUCACAGAUAAUAUUGAAAAAAAUCAGAUUUUUGACUAAGAUUGCCCACAUUUGUCUAGACAACCUUGAAAUGUAUUGGUCUUUACAUUUAUAUAAGGGGUUUGGUAGAUGGUCCUAUAUCACACUAGUGUAUGAUUUUGCUCACUACUGAAAUUAAAAGCUUUAAGAAUAAGAUAACAAGAGAUCAAGUUUCAGUUCAAGAUUCCAGACUGCAUCUCUUCAUCACUUAUAGGAAUGUUUGAAAACUUCACUAAUAUUUAACUUGACUGAUUUAUGUGAGGUUUCUCUUGUUUCCCUGCUCCGUUUUCCAAUAAGUGCGAAUUUUAUAUCACUCUUAACAAAGUUUCCAGGAGAUAAUCAUGAUAAAAAUAUUCCAUGAUUCUUGUUUGUCCAGAACGUAGAGCAGGAAAAUUUCACCCAAGGGACCCCUUCAAGUGGUGAAUAUGUGUGAGGCUGAGGGAAAGGACUUCCACAGGUGCUGCCUCCACUCAACAAUGAAUGUUGAAUCCAGCACACGUCAGAAGAGAAGACAAAGAGCAUCUGAGCUUUAAGAAGCGCUGUGUUUAGUACGUUAUUUCAUUUUCUUUGCAACUGUCUUCAAGAUAAUUUUAAAAUAUUUCUAUAUGUAUGUUUCAUAUAUGCUCACUAUUGGAGUUAAGAAGGACCUUUUGAGUAUGUGACAUUUUCAUAAAAUGCUAUUCAGGCUUUCUUUGCCUAUGCUAUUCCAACUGGAGUUUCUGUGGUUUCCUUCACAGUGGUUCUCUGACAACCCAUAUGCACUAACCAAAAGCUACUCUCAGGUCUUCUCUGAGAGAUCUCAUUUUUUUUGUUGUCUAAUUGCUUGAGUGACUUCCAACUAUCCUUGUUUAUGCAGUACAUCCUGUGUAAGAGAAAAAACAUUUUUCAUUUCAGAGCGUUAGUCUAAGAAAAACAGUAUAAUAAAGAUGUAAAAUGGGUUAGAUAAUCAAUGCAAACUGAUAUUACUCCAGAAAUAGGGUUAAGAUUCAUAGCAUAAGUAAAAUGAAAGCAGAGUCAACAAGCUACUUGGAGGGACUUGAAGUUUCUCUGUACCUCAACCGGGACAUAUCUUAGCAAAUCUAUUGCAUUCUCUCAGGGCAAGAUUCUCCUUAUAAAAAUAUAAAUAUGAAAACUUUCAUAUAUUUAUACAGUUAUUAGAGAAAUAAUUUCAUGGAGAGAUGUGCAUAAAGGAGGAAGAAAAUGUUACUGCUGUGCUUACUUUUUAAUUGAUAAAUAAUAACUAUAUAUAAUAACGGGGCACUCUGAUGUUGUGACGAAUGAGAGGACAUCAAAAAGUUCAUGGCCCAUUACUAAAAAUCUAUGCCUGAAUUUCAAAAACUUUUGCAUGAAAAUAAACCUACCUUCUAAUUCUGUUUUUCCAUGAACUUUUUGAAGUUCCUUCAUUCCUAUUAUUUUUAAUGUCUCCAUUACAUAAUGUCUCAUUUGUGAUGAGACAUUUGUAUUCUCAUUCCUAGCAAUUUUAAAAUGCUUAAUACUUUUUAACAUAAUCACUAUGCUGUGCCAUAGAUCAAAAAAUCCAAUUCUUCCCAUCUAACUGGAACUGCUCUCUUGGAGCAACAUCUUCCCAUUCUCCCACCCAUCCCCUGCUUCUGUGUGUUCUGUCGUUUAGAUUCCUCAUGUAAGUGAGAUCACAUUUUUACAUUGCUAUUCCUAUAUGAUGUAUCUCCUAAGACAGAAAUUCCAUCUAUCAAAUUUCGCUAACUUUUCAGUUCUACCGAUCCCAGAAUUAUUUCUCCAGUCUGUGAAAAUUCUGAGUUAACUGUGAGAAUUCCCAAGAUACCUAAUGAAAUGUCCUCUUGCCUCUUGUAGUUCCUCUUCGAUUUUAUAAACCCUCCUGGACAAGAGUAAAAAUAUGGGAUGAAAAAGCUGCUACAUUCUUGGAAAGCAAGAGAUUAGAUAAGUUCUUACUAUGAAGGAUACAUUUAUUUGAAAUUUGAAAUUUUAUCAUAUGUAUUCUUUUCUACAGAAAACAUUCUGUAGAUUCUAAAAACAAAAAAAAAAAAGAUCUUAAACUUAAAAAGUGAAAUAAAACCCAGAGACAUAAUUAAUAAAGGGGGGAGGAAAUCAAUUACCUUUCCAAUAUAGAGUUGAGAAGCAUUCUCAAUUUAUAUAGAAAAUUUUCAAUUAUAUGGGAAACUAUAUAAACAAAAUUCUCUAUUUACGUAGGAAAUAAUAUAAGCAAUAUUGUGACUAUAUAUGGACAUGAAUAAGUGAUGAUCAAUGAUACUUUUUAAAGACGUGUUUAUUUAUUUGAAAGGUAGAACAACAGAAAAGGAGGAAGGGAGGGGGAGAGAGUGAGUGCACUGCUCUCUGCUGGUUAUCUUUAUUAUUGAUUUUAGAAUUAUAAGCUAAACAUUAGUUUUCUGAUAUAUUUCUUUAGUAAAGGUUCAACUCAGACUUGAAGAAAUCUUUAAACACAGUUCAGAGAAAAUGAAGAUUGCAUCAUGCCAUUUGUACCAGAAUUUGAAAUCACUUUGCUAUUAUCUUCUUAACUAAAUUUUUGUUAUUUAGUGUUAUGUUGUUGGUAGCACCCUACCUACAUUCUUUUUACUGGACUACUGGACUGAAGCUAGUUUCCUGGCAAAUUUGUGAUCUUUUUUUCAACUGUUCACCUUGCUGUUCUGCUUUCCUCACGCCCCUCUCCGGAAAGAGAAACUCCAGAUUAAUCCUUUUCGGAACACUUCUACCUCUGGCUCUAUUUCUUGAAAAACUGACCUUAAGCAAUUAACAUCUCUUUGGGGUCAUAACACUACAUAUUAUUUCUCUUUACAUAACACUAUAUUUUUCCUCACAUAGUGCUGUAUGUUAUUUCUCUUCGCAUGCAUUUCUUUUUCUUUCUUUCUUUCUUUUUUUUUUUUUUUUUUUUUUUUUUUUGACAGGCAGUUAGACAGUGAGAGAGACAGAGAAAAAGGUCUUCCUUUUUUUGCCGUUGGUUCACCCUCCAAUGGCCACUGCGGCUGGCGCACUGCAGCUGGCGCAUCACGCCAAUCCGAAGGCAGGAGCCAGGUGCUUCUCCUGGUCUCCCAUGGGGUUCAGGGCCCAAGCACUUGGGCCAUCCUCCACUGCCUUCCCGGGCCACAGCAGAGAGCUGGCCUGGAAGAGGGCAACCGGGACAGAAUCCAGUGCCCCCACUGGGACUAGAACCUUGUGUGCCGGCACCACUAGGCAGAGGAUUAGCCUGUUGAGCCAUGGCGGCGCCAGCAUCUCUUCGCAUGUAUUCCUUUUACCCUCAGAUAUGGAUGUAACUUUCAGUGCAAAAUUCAAAAAAAAAUUAAAGCUCUGUUCUAUCCCACUAAUAAUCUAUUUUCAUCUCUAGGUUAUUUUAGAGAACACGAGAACACAUUGACAAAAUGGAUACAAGAAAUCAGUCUGUUGUGUCAGAAUUUGUGCUUCUGGGACUUUGCCAUUCAUGGAAUAUUGAGGUCUUACUCUUCAUGAUAUUUUUGAUGCUUUAUCUGAUCAUUGUAUCUGGAAAUAUUUUCAUCGUGGUCUUAAUCAUCACUGACUCACAUCUCCAUUCCCCCAUGUACUUCUUGUUGGCCAAUCUGUCCUUUGUGGACAUGUGGCUUUCCUCAGUCACCACUCCUAAGAUGAUCACAGACUUCCUCAGAGAGAACAAUACCAUUUCCUUUGGAGGCUGCAUGUGCCAGAUCCUAUUUGUUCAUUUUGUAGGAGGGGGUGAGAUGGUGCUACUUGUGGUAAUGGCCUAUGAUCGCUAUGUGGCCAUCUGCAAGCCACUCCACUACUCCUCUAUUAUGAGCCUGAAAAUGUGUAACGGGCUGGUGGUGACUUCCUGGACCAUUGGCUUUGUUCAUGCUGUGAGUCAGAUGGCUGUGAUUGUGCAGCUGCCUUUCUGUGGCCCCAGGGAGAUAGACAGCUUCUUCUGUGACAUACCGCUGGUGGUCAGGCUGGCCUGCAUGGAGUCCUCUAACUUGGAAAUAUUAAUGAAUGCUGACAGUGGGGUUCUGGCUAUGACCUGCUUUAUUCUACUGCUGAUAUCCUACACAUAUAUUCUUCUCACUGUCUGCAAAAGCUCAAAAACUGGAGCAUCGAAGGCCCUCUCUACCUGCACUGCCCACAUCACAGUGGUGGUGCUCUUCUUUGGGCCGUGCAUCUUCAUCUAUGUGUGGCCACUCAGCGUCACCUGGGUGGACAAGUUUCUUGCUGUGUUUUACUCUGUUAUUACACCUCUCCUAAAUCCAGCCAUCUAUACCCUGAGAAAUAAAGAGAUGAAAAGUGCCAUGGAUAGAUUCAGAAACUAUUACAUGGAUUCCAGAGCAAACAGUUAACACCUAAAAGCUUCAAUAGGAAAAAUUCAAAUUGUCAACAUCCUGUUUUUAUAAAAUAGUUGAGGCUUCAGGGUGUUUUUGUGUACCUUUUACUCCUAGCUUUAUAUACAAGAGUAGAGGUUAGCAUAAUUCAGUGAAUUUCAACAUUUCCUAAUCAAACAGAAAAACAUUAUGAAGUGUUUCCCUAAAAUCCAAAUAUUAAUGAUAUCUAUUUGUGGAAGUCUUAUCAAAAUUAUUUUCUGUGUCUUUAAUAACAUUAAAAGAAUACUGCAAUGUUAUAUGUACAUUCUGAUGAGCAGCAUCUUAAUGAAAUUUUUCCUAAUUUCUUUUAACCACAUUGGCAAAAAGUGUUUAUGUAACAUUGAUACCUCUCAUCUAAAUGUCACUUACCUUUGGCAAAACAUUAUCACUUUUUCCUUAACUUAAAUUCCUGCUCAAAUACUAGUGGGAAAAAUCAGGGGAAAAGCCAAGAGUGGAUGAUAUACAUUUGGCAAAGUAUAUAAGGAAUAACAGUGGGGGUUAUACCCUGCUUGUUUUUAUUGACUUUAUAAGAAUUAAAAUAUAUAAAGAAAGCCUAAUGACAUUUUCUUAAUUAGAUCAUUGUCAAAGAAUGAUAUUCACAACUUAUUAAUAAUUUUAUAAAAAUCCUAUAAUAUACUGUCCCCAAAGCGGGGACCAUGCCUUACUGAUAAUUUUUUCAAAGCCAAAAUACAUAGUACAAUGAUUAAUUAUAAAAUGGAUACUUAUGAAAAUAUAUCAGUAAAUCAACAAAUGUUAAAUUUUUCACUCAAAUGCCUAUAACAUUCAUUUUCAAAGUAUGUAUAAACUACUCUUGUAUGUAAAAAAUUUCUAGUGAUUUUUAAAAUAUUUCUUUUCUUUUUCCCAGAAUGAUAAAUUAAGUGAAUUGAAAUUCAUUACUAAGAAUCAGCAAUAUAUAUCAUAAAAUGAAAAGAGGAUCCCAUUCAAUAGGAUGCUGGCCAUGGGUUUAUUAUAAAUUGCCUUGAUUGUGUUGAGGAAUGUUCCAUCUUUGCCAAAUUUUCUCAAGGUUUUUUUUUUUUAAUCAAGAAACAAUGUUGUGUUUUAUCAAAUACUUUUUCCGUAUCAAUUGAGUUAAUAUGGUUUUGGUUUUUCAGUUUGUUAAUGUGAUGUGUCACGUUGAUUUGCUAAUGUGAUUUGCUAAUUUAUCCCUGGUAUGCAGGGAUAUAAAUUGAUAAAUUCCACUUGGUCCAGGUGAAUACUCUUUCUGAUGUGUUGGGGUAUUUGAUUAGCUGGUAUCAACACUCUUCUCAGGUCCAGAAAAAAGUGCUAAAAUGUCUAUGGAAACACAAAAAACUUAAAUAGCUAAAAGUAACCUUAAACAAAAAAAUACAAAGCCAGAGGCAUCACAGUAUCAUAUUUCAAGACAUACUACAAGGCAGUUAUAAUCAAACAGCAUGGUACUGGCAUAAAAAUAGGCUUGUAGACCAAUGGAAUAGAGUAGAAACUCCAGAAAACCAAACCACACAUCUAUAUCCUCUUAAUCUUUGAAAAAGGAGCUAAAAUCUUUUCCUCAAGGAAUAACAAUCUUUUCAACAAAUGAUGCUGGGAAAAUUGGAUCUCCUCAUGCAGAAGUAUGAAAAAAGACCCCUACUUUAUACUUUGUACAAAAACCAACUCAAAAUGGAUCAAGGAUCUAAAUCUACAACUUGAUACCAUCAAAUUCCUAUCAGAGAACAUUGGGGAAACCCUGCAAGAUAUUGGUAUAGGCAAAGAUAUCUUUGAAAAGACCCCAGAAACACAGGCAAUUAAAGCUAAAAUAGACAAAUGGGAUUACAUCAAACUGAGAAGUUUCUGCACUGCAAAGGAAAUACUCAAAGUGAUGAGGCAACUGACAAAAUGGGAGAAAAUAUUUGCAAACUAUGCAACUUAUACAGGAUUAAUAUCCAGAAUUUGUGAAGAGCUCAAGAAACUCAAAACAAUCCAAUUAAGAAAUGGGCAAAGGACUUGAACAGGCAUUUUUCAAAAGAGGAAAUUUAAAUUGCCAACAGACACAUGAAAAAAUGCUCAGGAUCACUAACCAUCUAGAAAUGCAAAUUAAAACCACAAGGCAGUUUCACCUCAUUCCAGUUAGAAUGGUUCUCAUACAGAAAUCAACAAAGAAAUGUUGGAUGAAUGGAAAGAGGUAUCCUAGACCACUAUUGGUGGGAAUGUAAACUAGUACAUCGAUUAUAGAAAACAGUAUGGAGAUACCUCAGAAAAUAGAGCUACCACAUGAUCCAGCAAUACCACUCUUGGGAACUUACCCAAACAAAAUGAAAUCAGCAUAUGAAAGAGUUACUGUACCCUAUGUUUAUUGCAGCUCAAUUCACAAUAUCUAAGAUAUAGUAUUAACUCAGAUGUCCAUCAACUGAUGUCUGGAAAAAUUGAAGAAUUUAUAUAGUAUGGAAUACUACUCAGGCAUACAAAGGAACAAAAUCCUGUCUUUAACAAAAUGGACACAACUGGAAACCAUUAUACUUAGUGAAAUAAGCCAGUCCCAACAAGACAGAUACCAGAUGUUUCCCUGAUCGGUAAUAAUUAGUAGAGUACAAAAAAGUAAUGUAUAUGAGCAAAAUUGACACUGAGAUUUACAGCUUUUGUCUCUACUGUUGAUGAACAGUGUUUUUUCCUUCCUAUUAUUUGUUCAAUUCUUUACUUUGUGUAGGAUUAAUCUUAUGAGCAUAAAAUAAACUGAAAGUAAAUCAUUGUAAAAAAAUUAUUUAAUGAAUAGUGUUGAAAUAAACAGCCAAUCUUUGGGGGAAAAUACGUUGAAUCUGUACAUUGUAGAUGUCAUACAAAAUAUUCUUAAAAUUAAAUCAAAAAAUUAAAUUAUAAAAAAAAAGAAAGAGGGGUAUUCCAUCUGCUGGUUCACUCCCCAAAUCCAAUCACCAUAGCCAGUGUUAAUUUUCAAUUUAGUGUAAAUAAUUUUCCUACUCUAUGGAAGAAUUCUUUCCCUGAGAACCAAGACCUUCAAAGCAAGCAGACCUCAACAUUGUAA